AUCAUUGGUAAAGAGGGAACUGAUAUAGUAUUCAAUCAAUAUAAAGGAAGAGGAGUUGCUGUGUUUACUUCCGGUGGAGACUCACAAGGAAUGAAUAGUGCUGUUCGAUCAGUAGCUCGAAUGGGAAUCUACUUAGGAUGUAAAGUAUACUUCAUCCAUGAAGGAUAUCAAGGAAUGGUUGAUGGUGGAGAAUAUAUAGUUCAAGCUGAUUGGAAUUCAGUAUCAGAUAUCAUUCAAAGAGGAGGAACAAUCAUUGGCUCCGCUCGUUGUGCAGAUUUCCGUCAAAGAGAAGGAAGGCUUAAGGCUGCACGUAACCUUAUUGAAAGAGGAAUAACUAACUUGGUCUGUAUUGGUGGAGAUGGUUCAUUGACUGGUGCCAAUCAGUUCCGUGUUGAUUGGAAGGAUCUCGUUCAAGAACUGGUUAGAGAUGGACAGAUUACCCAACAGCUUGCUGACAAACAUCCAAAUAUUCAAAUUGUCGGCUUGGUCGGUUCAAUUGAUAACGACUUCUGUGGAACAGACAUGACUAUCGGCACAGAUUCAGCUCUUCAAAGAAUUAUCGAAUCAAUUGACUCGGUAGUAGCCACUGCUCAAUCUCAUCAAAGAGCCUUUGUUGUCGAGGUUAUGGGUCGGCAUUGUGGAUACUUGGCUCUCGUUGCUGCUCUUGCUAGUGAGGCUGACUUCUGUUUCAUCCCUGAGUGGCCACCUCCAUCUAACUGGCCCGAAAUUUUGUGCAACAAGCUUCAGGAAGCUAGAGGAGAAGGAAAACGUCUGAACAUCAUCAUCGUAGCUGAAGGAGCUGUUGAUAGAGAUGGAACAGCCAUUACUGGAGAUAUCGUGAAAGACGUCGUCAAAGAGAAACUUCACUAUGAUAUUAGAGUUACUGUGCUCGGACAUGUUCAACGUGGAGGAGCUCCUUCAGCUUUCGAUCGCUUGUUAGGUUGUCGAAUGGGUGCUGAAGCUGUACUAGCGUUGAUGGAAAUGACAAGCGAAAGUGAACCAUGCGUCAUCUCGAUCAGUGGUAACCAGAUAUGUAGAGUUCCUCUCAUGCAUUGUGUCAAGCGUACUCAAGCCGUUCAAGCUGCUAUGGAUAAGAAAGACUGGGCGCAAGCUGUGCGUCUCAGAGGAUUAAGCUUCCAGAGAAAUUUGGAAACCUACCGUCUUAUCAAUAAAUUACGC